CUGAAUUCCACACAGCACCCUCACCUUCAAAUUUUCCAGCUUCUUUCAGAGCCCCAAAAAAAAAAAAAAAAAAAGACAGAAAAUUCGCGGUUACCCAUUCGGAAUCCAAUUCUUCUCCAUUGCCUACCUCGAAGAAUAAUAAGAGAAAAAAUUAAUAAAAUAAAUUUAUAGAAAUCGUAGUUAUCGAGGAAAUAUAGAAGUAGACUAGGUUUUGGAUUAAUAUAUUGUAUUUGCAUGUAAAGGUCGUGUAUGGAAUUUGAGAUUAAGGGCUUUUGAUUGGAAUUGGAAGUUGGGGGUGGGGGAGGUGGGAUGUGAUUGAUUUGGGGAUUAGGGUUUUGGGGGAUUGGAAGGGGUUUGGGGAUGGUUAGAGAUGGCUCGGGAUGGUCACGUGGUGCCGGCGGACCCGCAGGCCCUGAUGGCGGGGAAGAAGAAAACCGCGAAAUCGUCUCGGAGUUGGGCUUUGUUGGACUGCGCCGGCGAGUCUACCGUGCUCGACGUCGACAAGUACGCCAUCAUGCACCGAGUCCAAAUUCAUGCUCGCGAUCUUCGAAUUCUGGACCCUUUGCUUUCGUACCCCUCCACCAUUUUGGGCAGAGAGAAGGCUAUCGUUCUCAAUUUGGAGCAUAUCAAAGCGAUAAUCACUGCUGAAGAGGUAUUGCUUCGGGACCCAUCGGAUGAAAAUGUUAUCCCUGUUCUUGAAGAGCUUCAAAGGCGAUUACCUCCUGUAAACCAACCUCAAAAAGAUGGAAGAGAGUUAACUGGUGAGCAAAAUGACGUUGAAGCAGGCGAAGAAGAUGAGUCUCCAUUUGAGUUCCGGGCAUUGGAAAUAGCUUUGGAAGCCAUUUGUAGUUUUCUUGGUGCACGUACAACGGAAUUGGAGACUGCUGCUUAUCCUGCUUUAGAUGAACUUACCAAUAAGAUUUCUAGCCGCAACUUGGAUAGGGUUCGUAAAUUGAAGAGUGCUAUGACUAGAUUGACUGCCCGGGUUCAAAAGGUGAGGGAUGAGCUUGAACAACUACUGGAUGAUGAUGAUGAUAUGGCCGAUCUUUACUUAUCAAGAAAGUUGACUGGUGCAUCUUCACCACCUAGUGGCUCCGGUCCUGCCAAUUGGUAUCCUGCCUCUCCUACCAUAGGUUCAAAGAUAUCACGAGCAAGUAGAGCGAGUAUUGCUACAGUUCGUGGAGAUGAGAAUGAUGUUGAGGAACUUGAAAUGUUACUUGAGGCUUACUUUAUGCAGAUUGAUGGCACAUUGAACAAAUUAACCACGCCGAAAUUCUUGCAGUUGCGAGAAUACAUAGAUGAUACGGAGGACUACAUUAACAUACAGCUUGACAAUCAUAGAAAUCAACUUAUUCAGUUAGAGCUUUUUCUUAGUUCUGGAACUGUGUGUUUAUCCAUAUAUUCUUUGGUAGCUGGGAUAUUUGGCAUGAAUAUCCCAUAUACUUGGAAUGAAAACCAUGGGUACAUGUUCAAAUGGGUUUGCAUUGUUACAGGAGCAGGUUGUGCGCUUCUUUUUGCUUUAAUUACUACAUAUGCUCGGUAUAAGGGUUUGGUCGGAUCCUGAAAGACUAAUGUUCUUACAGGUGGCCAGACCGACUUUAUAUGUGGCCAUGGGCCAUAAAAAAGAAUACGUCUUUUCAUUUAUUUUUUCUUUAGUAUACUUUUUUUUUUAAUUAAAUAGUCUUUUUCAUAUAUAAUAUUAAUUAAUUUAUGUUUUCAAUAAUAUUUUAUUUUAUUUA